AUGGCUUUGCUUCAAGUGAUCGAGACAACCGGAGUCUUGCUGGCGUUGUGGACGUUGCUGGGAGUGAUCCGACGCCUCUAUUUCCAUCCCUUGUCCCACAUUCCGGGUCCACGACUGGCCGCACUCACCUGGUGGUAUGAAUUCUACUAUGACGCUAUCCAACCGGGACAGUAUGUUUUUAAAAUCCAAGAACUGCACAAGCAGUACGGGCCCAUUAUCCGCGUGACGCCGGAUGAAAUCCACCUUAACGAUGUCGGUUACUUGGACACUGUCUACCCACCGUCGAUGACGCACGUCGACAAAUAUAACUACCAACUACGCACUUUACGAGUACCCGGAGGCGUUGGGACCACGCCUAAUUAUCAUCUGCACAAGAUACGUCGUGAAGCGCUCACUCCUUUCUUCAGCAAGCGCAACGUCCUCACUCUAGAGAAUGUUAUUACCAAGAAGGUCGAGCAACUAUGCCAGUUGGUUGCAAAACAUGCUGCUGCAAAAUCUCCAGUCAAUCUAUCGAACGCAUUUUACGCGUUCUCCAAUGACGUCGUGGCCAAUUUCUUAUUUGCCCACCAAACCGAUGUCCUCGCGGACGAGGAGGAAGCCGCCAGACUCCGCCAUAACAGUCAUGAGCUUCUCAAAGGAAUCAAUCUGAAUAAACACUUUCCAUGGAUUCCAGAUUUUCUGGAGUCCCUUCCAGAAAGCCUUAGUAGGCCUAUAAUGCCACCCGGCUUGAUUGACAUGCUACAACUUUUUGACCGAGUCCGCGCAGAGCUUUUCACCAUCAUGAAAGCCAAAUCGUCCACAAAUUCCAGUGACAAGCGCGCAGGCCUAGCAGACAAAGAAUCUGUAUAUGAGUCGGUCUUGGAAAACGAUAAUUUACCGGCACCUGAAAAGGCCUUACUCCGACUGGAACAGGAAGGAGCGCUACUAACCCUGGCGGGAACUGAGUCGCCUGCUCAGACACUGAAUAUAAUCUUCUACCACCUUCUUGCGAAUCGCACGAUACUUAAAAAGCUUCACAAUGAACUAAACUCACUACCAACCCCCGCAUCCUGGACACAACUAGAGAAACUCCCCUAUCUUUCUGCCAUCAUUGAGGAAGGCAACCGGCUCUCUUUUGGCGUCACGGCCCGAGCCGCCCGCAUCCAAUACGAGCCGAUCGUCUACAAACCAACACCCCAUGUGGCCUCCCCAUCUGCUACGUCCAAAUCUUACACCAUCCCCGCAGGUACACCGGUUAGUAUCACUACGCUAAGCGCGCACACAGCGGAAACCGUUUUCCCCGACCCAUACGUGUUCGACCCGGAUCGCUGGCUUGGCGAUGAAGGGCGGGAGCGCAGGAAAUUCCAACUAGCGUUCUCGAAAGGAGGCCGAAAGUGUUUGGGUGUGGAGCUAGCCCGGGCAGAGCUAUAUCUUGCGACUGCCGCGUUGGUCCGGAUGUUUGAUAUGGAGCUUUGGGAGACGGAUGGAAAUGACGUUGCAUUUGUACACGACUAUCAUGUCGCCAUGCCGAAGUCGGAUUCACAAGGAGUGAGAGUAGUGGCUACGCUGCGUGGCAAGGAGUAA